AUGCCUCAGCCACUCACCGUCUCCUUCCAAAACAGCACCCUCGUUUCCGCCAAAACCAACCAAACAACCCCCGAGACCCUCACCAUCUCGCUCGAGAACAACACCCCUUCCUCCACCGUGUACGCCUACAUCACCGGCCAAACCCUGGACGGCGGCCUCUUCGUCCUCUCCGCCAGCGGCAACGCCGCUUACACUUAUGCCUCCGUGAACAAGACCCUGACCCCCAUCCCCCCUUCCGAUAUCGCCAUCCCGCUCAACGCCCCCGGUUCUUCGUCUCCUCGCACGGUAACCAUCCCCCGCCUGGCGGGAGCGAGGAUCUGGUUCUCCGUCGAUUCGCAGCUGGAGUUCUUUUUGAACCCGGUGGACGGAGUGCCGCAAGAUGGAAAGGGAGCGGGCCUGGCGCUGGUGGAACCGAGUGUCACCAACGACAAAGAUGUAAACUACGAGAAGGAGUGGGGGUUUGUCGAGUUUACCUUUAACGAGUUCCAGCUGUUUGCCAAUGUCUCGAUGGUGGAUUUGGUGGGCAAGUGUCCUGCCUCGCUCGGCGUCAUCAGGACCACGGGGAAGCCGGAAGAUAACCAAGAGGUUGAAGGGAUGGGGUAUGAGACUGGCUUGAACAAGGUGGUCGAUGAACUGAAGCAGGCCGGAGGGGAUUGGGAAAAGCUGGUGGUGAGAAGGAAGAGUGAUGGGCAGGUGACGAGGGUGAUGAGUCCCAAUUCGGCGGUGGUGAUGGCUGAAGCGAGAAAGGAAAGCUUGUUCAGCGGGUACUAUGACGGCUAUGUGAAGCAAGUUUGGGACAAGUAUGCAAAGGAAGAUUUGAUGGUGGAUACGCAGAACAAAUGGGGGGUGGUUAAGGGAAGGGUUGACGCGGGGACGGGUCUGUUGACGUUCAAAUCGAACAACAGCGAGACGAUUACAUUUGAUAAGCCGUCGGCGGCCGAUAUCUACUCUUGUUCCACGGGCCCGUUCGCCUUUCCACCGUUACCGGCGAACGCGACCGAAGCCGAGCUCGACAUCCAGGCGUUCCGAGGAAACGUCGGGGCGCGUCUGGCGGCGGCCUUGAACAGAACUGGUGAGGAAAUCAGUACGUUCUACAAGAGCAACAACAUCACGAAUCACUACAGCAGAGUGGUGCACCAAAACAGCCCGAAAGGAAAGGGGUAUGCGUUCCCGUAUGACGAUGUGUCAAGGACGGAGAAGGAAAACGUCGCUGGUACCGUGGCAGCGGGAGAUCCAAAGGUUUUCAUUGUGGCGGUGGGUGGCGGGAAGGUGAACUUUGCGGCGGCGGCGAGAAUGGCGAAUGCUACCGGCAGUGCGGUGAACGCUACAGUACCGGUGGUGCGGACGAGGUGGAGGAGAGCGAGGGCAGGUGUAGAUGCAGCGGGAUGGAGGUUGUGA